UCUCUCUCCAUGUAUUACACAUUAUAAUCAAAAUAUAAAAUGAGACCACAUUAUUAAAUUCACUCAGUUUCUUGGCCCUCUCUGUUUAGCCAUAAAUUAAAAACAGUAGUACUAUAUUUCAGCCUUUCUUUUUGAUCACUUGGAAGAAUUUGUUACAAAUAUGAAUCGGGUUCGUGCAAAGUUGCCUGAGUUCUGCAGGACCCCAGCAGGAGUCCGUGUUCGAGCCCGUUCACCUUGUACAACAUACAAGAAGACGGGCUCGAUCAAAUCCAGUGACUCUGACAGUAAAUGUAGCAGUAUGGAAAUGAGCUUCAACACCUUUCAGUCGAACCCGGAUUCGGAGAUGAGCGGCAAUAAUAGCAACAAUAAUAACAGAGUCAUGGUUGUGCUUGAUCCUAGUCUAGAUGCCAAUUGUGCUUUGCAAUGGGCACUUUCUCAUACCAUUCAAAGCCAGGAUACCAUUGUUCUUCUCUAUGUCAGCAAAAUCUCAAAAGAAGGUGAAAAGGUCAAUAGUGAAAUUAAUCAGAGAGCAUAUGAACUUCUUUGCUCGAUGAAAAAUAUGUGCCAAACAAGGAAACCAGGGGUGCAAGUGGAGAUAGUAAUGCAAGAAGGAAAAGAGAAAGGACCAGUAAUUGUUGAAAAUGCAAAGCAACACAAGGUCUCUUUACUGGUGUUAGGACAGAGGAAAAGAUCGAUAAUGUGGCGCCUGCUAAGGAUAUGUUGGAGGAAAAAAUCAAGAAGCAGAGUUGUGGAAUACUGUAUUCAGAACGCGAAUUGCAUGACAAUUGCCGUGAGAAGGAAGAGCAGCAAGUAUGGAGGAUAUCUCAUUACUACUAAGCGUCAUAAGAACUUUUGGCUUUUGGCGUAAUGGAACAACAACAUAGCUAGAUGUAAUUUCACAAAGUGGGGUCUACGAGGGUGGUAUGUACGUAGUCUUACCCCUACCUUGUGAAGGUAGAGAGGUUGUUUCUAAUUAAUCUACCUUUUUUCCUUCUUGUAAAGUCUAUUUUGAUUAUGUUGUCCUGUGUAGGAAGCACCUAGCUGCAAAAUGAAAGAAAUAAUUGUCAUUUCAACAUGAA